AUGGACGUAUCAAAUACAUCGCUUCCCUAAAAUUAUACCAUAGGAUAGUUAUUCACAAAAUUAUUCAAAAAUAUUUUAAGUUUUGGAAUAAAACCUGAUCAACCAUAAUACAAGGCCAAUUUAUUAGAACAUUUAAGUUUAUAAUAAAAAAUAAAAUUAUUUUGCAAAAAUCACCAUAAAUAUUUUAAUGAUAAUAUCAGAGAUCAGAUUCUUGAAGAUAUUGAAAAUUCAACACCAAUUAAAGUAUAAACUAGAUAUUUAUUAAAAUGGCUUUAUUUAUAGGAUGACACUACUUAUCAAUAAUAUCAUCCCCUUAUUAUUAAUAUUGUAUUGAAUUAACAGAAUGGAGAAUUAAACUAUUAAUCCCACAAGUACAUCAGUUUAUUAUAUAAAAAACUCUUACAAUCUUAAUCUGAAAAUGUGAAAUUAUUUUUGAAAGUCUAUAGGGAUCUAGCCUAGGAAUUUAUGAUGUCCUAGAAUUCAAGAAAUAGAAUCUUACUUAAGCUAUAACUUAAUAAACAAUUAGAAUUAAAUUAUCCACUAAAUCAAAUUGAAUAGGAUUGUUAAAAGUAUUAAGAUUUGGAGAAUUUAGAUCAUAUUAAGUUCUAUCUUAAAUAUUAAGGGAAUUUAGAAUGGCUAUUAAAAUAAAUCAUAACUAAGAAGGUCAUUAACCAUAAUCAUAAAACUGAAGUCUUGGAACUGGUCAAUCAUAUUAUUAAAACCAAUUUAUGUGAAUAAUAUUAUUCAUAGUUGUUUGAUUAGAUUAUGGAUGCAUUUGAGCCUGAAGAAGUAUUUUAUCAUGAACUUUACUAAAUCUUUCACUUUUUAUUAAUUGUGAAAGAUUAUCCUGAAAUGAUUUUAGUACAGUUAUUUAGGAUCUUUGCAGACAAACAUAUGCUCUUCGAUCCUCAAGAAUUCUCUGCCAUUGUAUUAUUAGUUAAUCAGUUUUAAGAGGUUAAUAUAUAGGAUCAACAUUAAACAUAUUAAAUUUCAAUCUACGAUGAAUUACGAGACUAUUAUCUUAAAAAUUCAUUAUCGAUGACCAAGGAAGUCCACUAAAUUUUUAUUAGACAGACAACUAAUAAAUUGGGUUGA